UCUAUAAAUCCCAUUUGCUAGAAACCCCACCACCCCACAAGCCAAGAGGAAACAAAAAUAAAGAAAACAAAACACAAUGGUCACACCAUCAAAUCUCAAAACCCUGCACUCUCAAGUCUUCUCUGCAAAGUCACCAUCUUCAACCUUAACCUCCAUGAAGAUCAAAACCCUUAUCCACACUCUCAUCAUCUCACACGUGUGCCGGAUGGUUCGAGCUCUCUCCAAAGCAAAAACAAUGCUUCUGCAAAUUCUCAAAGAAAGUCAACCCAUAAAUCUCAUCUGUGCUACAAAGGAAACCAAAAGAAAGCACAGGCAAAGGAAGGUGUUCUUUGGUUCAUUUAGAUUGCAUUAUAACUGGUGCUCCUCCCAUGUCUUGCCAGUUCAAGAACCAGCUUUUUACUAUGAUUCAACUUGGAAUUCUUUGAUUACUAUGAGUGAUCAGGAAAAUCAAGAGUCUCAGCUUUCUGGGUAUCUUCAUUGGCUUGAAAAUCAGAAGGUUCAAGAGAAGUCUUGUAAUGGAGAUGAUGAUGGAGAUCAUGUGAAUGAGAUAGAUCGUCUAGCAGACAUGUUCAUUGCUAACUGCCAUGAAAAGUUCAGGCUGGAGAAGCAAGAAUCCUAUAGGAGAUUCCAGGAGAUGAUGACUAGAAGCAUGUGAAUGUGUGAUUCACAUAUGUUCCUUAAUUUUCUUUUCUUUUCUUUUUCUUUCCCAUUCUUCUAUGUGAAUUGCAUUGGUGGGGUGUGGAAAGCACAUAUUCAAAUGGGAGUGCAUGCAUUGAUUGAGGGCUAACUUUAAUUUUCCUUUUCUAGUCAUUCUUAUUAAUUUUUUUUUUCCUUUAUUUUUCUUUUUAGUUUUUGUACUUUUAUUUUGUAAUGAUGGGAGUCUUGAGAAUUGUACAUGAUAAUGGGGUUUUGUUGGGGGCUAAAUAUUUGUGCAAUUCUUCUCUUGUUAUGCAAUCAAGAAUUUCUU